GCAUCAGCAAUGGGUGCCACGGAAGAGACCAGGAUUGCUACCGUUCUUACUUCUUAGGGUAGAGCUAACAGUCAUCUAGAGACCACGAAUUAGCGAACACGCCUAGAGAGAAAGAGGUAGUUGACCUUUUUGGGGACCUCUCUUUAGGGGCCAUCACCUAAUCUUCCACGGUCAAACCUCUCGAGGAGCACGAACCUUCUUCAGCAUUUCCAAGGGGAGAACUUAACGUACACGUUAUUCUCGAGUGGACCAAGCCAACAAGUUUGACUUGACUAGAGGAUGAGGUCCAAAAGAAGAUAGGGCAAGGACUACAAGCAUUUGCAGAAAAGCAUCCUAAAAGCUUCUUUCGUUGUUCAUCAAUCCUUUUGAGCAGCAGAAAAGCAUCUUUUCGUUUCAACUUUCCCCCUCAUAUCGCCAUGGGUAAUGGGCAGAGUCAGGGAAAUAGAAAGAGAGCAGAGGAAGAGAGCACUGAGGGAGCAUCCAUUCCUUCGUUCAUCUCUCCAGUACCCACAGAUGUAGGUUGCAGUCAAUAUGACGUGUUCUUAAGCUUUAGAGGCACCGAUACCCGCAAGGCAUUCACUGAUCACCUCUAUCACAGUCUGAUCAAGGCAGGGACAGUACCGAUUUGCGUGUUCAGGGACGAUAACAGCAUACCAAUUGGCGAGGAAUUUGAUUCACAGAUUCUCGAUGCCAUCGCACGGUCUAAGAAUUCGAUCCCCAUCAUCUCGGAAAAUUAUGCGUCGAGCAAAUGGUGCCUCCGUGAGCUCAUUCAUAUCAUGGACUGCAAGAAGAGCAAGUCACACAUAGUCUUGCCCAUCUUUUACAAAGUGGACCCAUCGGAUGUGCGGUAUCUAAAAGGAAGGUUUGGGGAGGCCUUCCAUUCGUGUAAGAAGCGUUUUGAUGAGAAGGAUAUUCAGGAAGGGCAGCGAGCACUUAGAGAAGUGAGUGGCUUACAUGGAUGGGAAUCCGAGAAAGUUGCUAACGGGCAUGAAGGAGAAUUAGUGGAAAAAGUUGUCGAAAAAAUUCUGAGCGAGUUGCGACAAGAUUUUCAGCUUGAUGUUACCAAGCACUUAGUUGGAAUUGGAGAUCAUUUGAACAAAAUCAGGAAUUGGGUAGACGCUCCUGCCAGGGUUGCUCGAAUGAUUGGAAUAUAUGGUAUGGGUGGGAUUGGAAAAACAACUCUUGCCAAGCAAAUUCGCGAUGUACAUGUGGGAGGACUGUGGGCUUUAUCCAAGUCAAGGAAUUGAAGAGUUGAAGUUGAGGUGCUUAAUUAAAAUUAGAGAUGGUGGUUGGUUUGAGAUGCAUGAUCAAUUGAGAGAUCUUGGAAGGAGCAUUUUUUGCCAAGGACAACCACUUGACAAACGGAGCGGACCAUGGGACUACGACUAUAAGGGAGCCUCAAGGGUA